AUGCAUUCUGACUUCGUCGCCAUCCCGUGGUGCAAGGCCCUUCUCGAAGACUCCAGCUACGAGCACGUGGAGUCUCAUACCGGCUCCCUAGACCGCCCGCUGGCGCCUGGCUCCAUGACGCUGAUGGCGAGGACGCUCGCUACUCCUGCAACCUUUCGAGCGAUCACGUAUCUCUACAGCACGUCUAGCCCAGCCGCCAGCACCAUUCCUGACGGUUCGGAGGUUGAAGGCGACGGUGGCCACAUCCUCGCCCUGAUCUCUGUCGGCUCGGAAAUGACAUCCCAUGUUAAUACUUUACAUGGCGGUAUACUCAGUACGCUGGUCGACGAAGUUGGCGGAGCUCUAGCAAUGCGCGAAGCUGCCUUCGGGACCAACAUGAUGGCUGUCAACUUCAACAUCAACCUGAAGAAGCCAACCAGGACCCCAUCUGUGAUCUUAGGCAGAGCAUGGCGCGAGAAGAAGGGGGAGGGCCGGAAACAUUGGAUUAGGUAUUCAUCGCCCUCCCAGGGUCUCCUUCGAGGCGAGCAAACCCAGCUUACACUCAUCCUAGGUGUACUAUCGAGCAAGACGGAGUCGUUUGUGUUGAUGCACGCUGUUUGUACCUCACAAUACCUGGAGCGAAGCUUUGAGUUCAAAUGCCUUGAAUCUACAUGGUGCCAGCCCUUCGAUUCGGCUAUAGGAAAAUCCAUGAGGAGUCAAGGCGACGUCUUAAAAGAAGUGGCAGUCUCCGUAAUCCACACGAAGCAACAGUAUCCUGAGGAGCCUCCUGCCCCUUUCGAAGGUCGCCGCACACUUUUCAGCUUCACCUUCGAACCCGGCGCACACAAAGACCACUUGCAUGCGCGCGUAAUGGCAGAGCCACCGAAUGCCAAUGAAGUCGACCGCCUCUCGCCGCUGCCGCCGGAAGUCCUCACCAAUGUCUUCUCCCGCCUGACUACGAGAGACAUUUGUCGCGCGCGCAGGCUCAACAAGCGCAUCAAAUCUUUCGUUGACGUCAACACCACCGCCAUCACUUCCUGA